UUUAUUGACAAGAUUUCGCUGAUUGGAAGCCAAAUAGGUGUCCUUUUCCCUAUCCAUCGCAGCAAUGUAAAACCUCGAAAUAUAGUCGGUGGUUUUCUCUCUCCCUGCUUGUAGUGUAUGUGUGUGUUGUGUGGUGGGGGUACAGUAUAUACCUCCGCCUAUUCGCCUUGGGGGUAACGGGGCCGGUUUUUCAAUAUGUUGAGAGGAUAGUAGUGUGGGGGGGUUUUUUUAGAACUUGACUUGCUUCUUGUCGUUGUGGGUGAGAUUUCGUCCGCUGACAUUUCUUGGCUCCUACGGUACGUCCAGUGACUUAGUGGGAAAAAGCAAGCAAAGAAAUAAAGAAGAACAGUUAUUGUUGAAGAGAUUGGUCGGAUUGUACUGUGAUACGAGAAGUUGAUUGAAGGCUGUGUGACGUGUUUUUUCUAUUUGGCGUCUGAAGUCAAAUUCUUUUACCGAUCGACUUGAAAGCCGAAUUUAGACGAGUGAUUCCUCAUCAUUGUGUAGUGUUUAAAGGUUGUUGCUGGAAACACUGCCGAAUCUAUCCCGUGACGUGAGUGUGCUGACAGAGAGUCCUGUCAUGUGCUCCACCUUUUGAGGGGUUGAGGCUUUGCUAUGGUCCCCCAAGGUUCUUGUACUGUCUCAGUACAACUGCAAUGCUGACAAGUUUUGUGGCUUCAUCAUGGCUUUUAAUCUCCUACCAUUUAUGUGUUUUUUAGUUUGACUUUCAGUAUUGAGUUUGUGUCCCAAGAGGUACAACUCCCAAGUGAAAAGCGCAGGCAAUUUAAAUUCUCAAAUGUUUGGCCCACUAUGAGCAAGAGAGAUCUGUGGGGCGACAGGCACCCAGAUUGCCCAGAAAGGCAGCAAUUGCGACCAGAUCAGGACUUCACCAACGAAGAAGACAACAAUUUUGGAUCCCAAUCGCAACUACUGGGUUCUGGAGGUGCUGGUGGCAAAGGAAUUAAAAGUGGGGGAGGGUUGGCCCCCACCACGGCAACUUCAGGGGCCCAAGGGCCCAUUAUUAACCUCCGUUUGGAACCUCUAGCCUCUGCCAGCCUCAGUCUUGGCAGAGGCCUGACUCCUGCAGGUUCAGAACAAUAUCUUGGUGGAAGUAGUGCUGCUCUUACUGCGACAGCUGCACUAUCUGCUGGAGGACUUGGGAAUACAUCUGGAGCAAUCAGUGCUGCAUCUUUAGCUGCCAAUACGAGCACCACCUUCGCUGGACCGAGCAUAAUGCAGUCGUCCAGCUCAGCAGUCGGUGGGGGUGCUGGAACUCGACAGAGUAGUAGUUCUACAGCCUCAACCUCCUCCUCUGGGGUAUUGAUGGUCGGACCUAAUUUCAGGGUUGGAAAAAAAAUUGGCUGUGGUAACUUUGGCGAAUUGAGAUUAGGGAAGAAUUUGUACAACAAUGAACAUGUGGCCAUUAAAUUGGAGCCCCUUAAAUCAAAGGCGCCCCAGUUACACCUGGAAUAUCGAUUUUACCGGAUGAUGGGCCGACGUAGUACCACAACUGGUUUACCUGAAGUCUACUAUUUUGGACCUUGUGGCAAGUACAGUGCACUGGUUAUGGAGCUAAUGGGUCCCAGUUUGGAAGACCUUUUCGACUUGUGUGGUCGGAGGUUUUCUUUGAAAAACGUCCUUAUGAUUGCCUUGCAGUUGAUUGAUAGAAUAGAGAUGGUGCACCGGCACGAUCUAAUCUACCGUGAUGUAAAACCGGAAAACUUCCUUAUCGGUCGAAGUCAUAACAAAAAGGACAAAGUCAUCCACAUCAUUGAUUUCGGUCUGGCGAAAGAAUAUAUUGAUGCGGUCACCAAUAAACACAUCCCCUAUCGGGAACACAAAAGCCUGACGGGCACAGCUCGUUACAUGAGCAUCAACACCCAUCUUGGGAAAGAGCAAAGCAGACGAGAUGAUUUGGAAGCUUUGGGACACAUGUUUAUGUAUUUCUUGCGUGGUAGCCUGCCAUGGCAAGGCCUUAAAGCCGACACGCUAAAGGAGCGCUAUCAGAAAAUUGGUGAAACAAAAAGAGCCACUCCCAUCGAAGCUCUUUGCGAAGGCUACCCUGAGGAAUUUGCAACCUACUUACGGUACGUUCGGAGACUUGACUUCUUCGAGCGGCCAGAUUACAAUUACCUUCGCAAAUUGUUCCGCGAUCUCUUUGACCGGAUGGGCUAUAUCGAUGAUAACGAGUUCGACUGGACCGGCAAAACCAUGCCAGCCAAUCUGAGCCAAUUGCGAGCCCUUCGUAAUGCACCCCCCUCGGAUGUAACUCACACGGGAAAGUCAACUCCUGUGGGAUCCGUGUCAACUAACCAGGAAGUGAUCAUAUCACCCAACAGGGAACGACAUCCAGCCACCAACCGGGACAUGUUUGAUGGUGAAGAAGAUGAAGAGGAUGAUGUCGAUGAUAUCUUUCUCGUCGUUCAGCAGCCAACUGGUGCAGCUAAAACGGGUUGGGCUGAAGGUGUCAAGGCGUCAGCGGCAUCGGCAGGUACAUCUGGUGGACCCGGAGGAAACCUGCUAGGAGGAACGUUGACUCCAGCCGAUCGCCACGGCUCUGUCCAGGUGGUCUCCUCCACCAAUGGAGAUUUGGGGGGCGAUGAUCCAGCCGGCCACUCACACACCCCCAUCACGGCGCAACCUGAAAUCGAAAUGGCUGAAGAGACCAAAUGUUGCUGUUUCUUCAAGCGAAAGAAGAAGAAAUCAUCUCGACCCAAGUAGAUGAGAGAAAAAAGAGGAAACGAAAUCGAUCCCUCUUUCCGUGCUUAACACUCCCUCUCCCCCCACCGCCGCCGCCGCCGCUACCACCACGACCGCCACCUUCGUUUGCCCCUCAUGAAAUGCGACACAUUUUCUUUCCCAUUUGUCUCUCGACGUUCUUCUGUCCAUUAACAAAGAGAGGGACAAGAAAAAGAUGACUAGAAGAAGAGACUCACGUCACGUGAGCACAAGCAGUGAGCUCUCGGCUGUACAUAAGGCAACAAUUUCCAAGUGUUUGUUCACUCAAAUGAAGAGAAGGACGUCUUCCGAUCUGCCUCACUGCGGACCUUGCUGCGUGCACCACUCCCUCUGCGUUCUUUUUCUUGCAUCAACAACAACAUCCAUCGAAAUGCAAAUGUUUCAAAAGUCGUUCGUCGUCGCAUUUGCCACCGUGACCGAGAUGGUUUCUGCAUGCAACCAAUUCGGUCCCCCGAGCUCUUGAAAGAAGACGACGACGACGACGAUAGCGAUGAAAGAGUCAUGACUCUUGUUUCAAGUUUUUCUUUUCUUUUUCAAAUGUUCGCAUUUCGCUCGGCUUCUGUCUAUUUUUUUCUUCUUCAAUUUGGGACCAAAUUCAGGCGGCCCAUGUCGAUUCGCAUCAACACUUGAUCAUCCAUUUGCUACAGCAGCUCCGCCCUAUCCCAAUAGGAAAAGUGAGAGAGAAAACAUCCAGAGAAUUCGUGUGCGUGUGUUUUGCGUGUUGGACGUACAAAUUCUCUCCCCCAAAAGUAUUUCUCCUCUCUCGCUCUCCCUGCACCUCUUCAAUUUGUUAUGGCAGGUUGUUGUUGUUGUUGCACGGAGCCUUGCGUGUGAUAAAAAGACUUGGAACGAUAAGGCAGAAGAAGAAUGAGAAGAAGAAGAAGAAGAAGGGAAAAUGUGUGCAAUCGUCUCCUCUCUUCACUUGUUGUUGUUGCAGUUAACAAAACGAAGAAAAUUGGGUGUUUGGUGGGUGGCCGUGUGUUUGUGACUCGCUUUUUUUUAUUUUCCUUUUUUUGUUUUUUGGGACUGGACAAAAAAAGAUAAAAAGAAAAAAAAAAUGAAAAGAUGUGUGUGGUUAGGUGCAAAAAUCUGUGUCAAUCAUCUCAUCUCCGACCGCCAUUCCGUCCGCCUAAAUAAUCACCCCAAUCACUCCUCUCUUCUCAUCAAUCUGCCUGAUUUUGUGUUCUUUUAUGUGUUGGUACUUAUUAUGCUGACGGCACUGGACCCGCUCAACAUCGAUACGCUGCAAUUUCUCCCCCCGCCACAUUUUUAAGGCCUGUGUGUGAAGAAGGAAAAGAAAUAAUUUGGCCCAGCAGUCGCAGAAGUGGAUCUGGAUCAGCGUUUCCUUUCUGCUUAUGCAAGAGACAUGAAAUGAGAGGAAGGAGGGGGAGGGGCGUUGUGGUCACUUGUGGUGGACGGUGGCGUGGUGGUUAAUUCGAAUGGCAAAAGAAGAAAACGAAACAUUGAUGGUACAUACUAUAUCAAGAGUGUCCGUGUGUAGUGUGUGUGUGUGUGUUCAUUUUGCGACAAGUCUCUGCAACCGUGUGUGUCCGUGUGUAAAUGAUGUAACAACUGACGUUUCGAUCAGGAACAUUGGAGUGCGUCGGUACACAGUUUCUGCCCACUCCAGCUGGAUACCGGCCGUCCCCCUCCUGCUCCUCUUUCAUUCACUCUUAUGACGACGGCUUUGCAAAUUUCAUUCUCCAGAUCCCGCUAACGAAUUCUACACUUUUACAUAGAUACACACACACACACACACAGCCGACCGCAAAAUCCACAUACACUGUAUUAUUACUGCUGCUGCUGCUGCUGUUGCUGCUUGUGCAUUAGUCUCCGUUUCAAAAGUUUUGUUGGUUUCACUAUGAAUUAUUUUUGUGGCAAUUCAAUCCCCUCCUCCAUUACCCCGUACGUUUUUUUUUUGUAUUUUUUUUUGUAUUUGAGUUUUCCUAAUUUGGGCUUUCGGGUAAUGAUUUCUUUAAUAGAUGGAUCCUGAUAGGGGAGAAGUACCAUACAUACACACACAAGGGGGUAGGUGGGCAUUGGAGAAGAAAAUUCAAGUUUUUUUGUUUUCUUUCUCGUGUUAAUUUCAUUGAGAAUCCAUAUAGUUGUGACAGAACCGAAUAUUUUUAUUUCGGCGAGGGUUAAUUUUUUGUUGUCUGUCUCAUUUCUCUCACUGGAAAAGAAAAGACUAAACAUGAAUGGAUUGUUUGUUCUUCACUUCUCAUCCACCCCUCGCUCUUUUGUUCCUCCUCCUUCAAUUUGUAUGGUGACGCAACAGUCAUCUGUUUUGAAGAGGGGAAAGAAGAGAACGUGAAAAUGUGUGUUAAAAGUGUGCGUGCCGUUCCUCUCUUGUUUUCAAUUUUUUAAUUCAUUAAAUAUUAUUACCUCUGUCUAUCCGUCUCUGGCCAUCGAACCGACCGUGUUAUCAUCAGUGGAUUCGAUUUGAUUUGAGAAAAACAAAACUAAUAACACGAAAAAAUGUUUGAAAAAAAAAAAUAGUUCUUGGCAUAUCCUCUUGGCAAUUCCUCAUCAAGUCUCACUAUAUAAUUCAUUCAAUUUUUCUUUUGUUCUUAAGAAGGAAAAAAAGAUUUUUUUUCAUUAGAUCGCUCACAUAUAUUUUUUUUUUCUCUUUUUCUCCAGCGCAUUUUGUCGUUCGUGAUUUUUCCUUGUUAUUUUUUUUUCACCUCUUGUCUCUUCAUCACCAUAAAAAAAAAAACAACAAAUAAAACACUCAUCUCCUGUCAUGCCUAUUGUCCCCUUUCAUCAUAAUCAUUUCCUCCACCACCACCACCAUCUCCUCUUUGCUCUUGUAUAACGUGUUUACUUUUUUCGGUUUGUAUUUUUUACAAUGACUCGCCAACAACUCAGUAAAUACACCCCAACCCCAUAAUUAAUAAUAAUACAAAUCGGAAUAAAUCAAA